CCGGCGCGGAGGAGGCGGGGUCACAGGCGGGCGCGCGGGGCUCGAAACCGUUGGUGCGCGCGCUCCAAAUGCAGCCGGCGGCCGUGGCCGCAGCUUUGUCCCCGCGGAGCCGCCGCGGGGAGGUGGAUGACGGCGCCCCGGAGAGCUGGGCCGCGGCUGCCCCCGACGCCCCGCUCUCCCCGGAGCUGCUGGCGGAGGUGGAGGCGGUGGCCUCGGGCUGGAUGCUGGAGUUCACCUGCCACUGCUUGUGCAGUCAUUUCUGCGAUGGUCGCAUGCCGGACUUCCAGCGAAGUCGGGACGCGGCUCAGGCUAUUAUUAAUGGACUACCCAGAAUAACUGCACAUCAGAGGAAAGCAGUGAACCUGUGUCAGUUUUUGGCACGAAUUGCAGAAGGGAAAUCACUUGGUUAUCAUUUUGAAAGUGAUCAAAGAAUUUCCCCAUUGGAAUCUGCUUUGUCAAUUUGGACACUACUUGAAAAGGAGGAAAGUAAAUUAGAAAAACUGCAUGAAGAUAUUCGGCGCUUAAUUCUGAUUCAGGCUGUAGCAGUCUACAUAGAAAAAGGAUACUAUAAGGAGGCUUCUGGAGUCCUUGACAGACUAGAUUCAGAACCAAAUAAGACUCUAAGAAUGAAGCUAGCCAUGAUAAUUAACAGGAGAGACCCAUAUGUUCCCUUCCUCCAGAAUUUCAGUUACAAUCUCUUAGUGGAUAAAAUCAAGUCUUACAUCGAUGAUUUCUUGAAAAAAAGUGCAACUAACUUUCUAAUUAAGGCAGCAAUGAAAGAGGUGGAGGCCAAAAGACUGGAAGGAAAAGCCUCACAAGACACACCUGCAAGUGUUGUUGAAACAAAUCAUGGAAAUGCUUUGGAAAUGGAACAAAGUAACUUGGAAGAUGUACAUCAUGUAUCAAAGAGAUCUUCUGGAAAUGCAAGAAGACAAACACUGAGGUCUUCAUACAUAUCUUGUAGGUCACAUAUAGAAGCACAUACGCCUUUGAAUGCAGAAAUGGCACCUUUUCCCAGGAUAAAGAAGCGGGGAAGAACCAGUGCUUGUCGAAAUUUGCAGAACGAUCUGCAGAAUUUGAAAAACAAUGCAGAAACUUCAUCUCGCAGGCUAACUGGACGAAAAAAACAGCGAUGGACUUUGGAAGAAGACAAGAAAUUGAAGAAAGGAGUAAAGGAGUUUGGCAUGGGAAACUGGACUAAAAUUCUGAUCCAUUAUGACUUCAACAAUCGAACUGGUGUCAUGUUAAAAGAUAGGUGGAGAACUAUGAGUAAGCAAUGUAAGGUAUCUUUGAUGUAAGGAAAAGCAUUAACUUUUACUAAGUUUUAUCCAAGAAAAUUGAUUUUAAACUACCUGCCUCUUCUUUCCAAAUAAUCUUGGUUUAUGUGUUUAAAAUAAUUCCCUGUGGAUUAAGUUAAAAGUAGUUGUGUAAAAUAAAAGUGAUGAUAAAAGUUCACUAUUAACUCAGGUCUUCUUCAAAAUAUUAAA